CAGUUCCAGGGGCAUGUUGACGCAGAGACCCAGGGUGGAGGCAGCCUCCUGGGCGAGCAGCUGAGGUCGGAGGCCCCUGCCCACUGGAAACCACAGCAGCAGGGGAGAGGGGGGGAGAGAGACCACCAUGGGGCCUUGGAGUCGAGUCAGGGCUGCCAAGUGCCAGAUGCUGGUCACCGGCUUAUUUGUCCUGCUGCUGGGCCUCUCCAUGGCCACCGUGGCAGUUCUCACCUACUUUGGGGCCCACUUUGCUGUCCUCAGCCGCGCGUCCUUGGAGAGGAACCGUACGAGACCGUGCAUGCUGGGGAAGCUGAGCGGCAAGGGCCCGGCCCAGGUCCGACGGUGGCUGUGGCCAGCUUGGCGCCGGCCCCCCAGGCGCUGCCGGCCUCCCGUCGGGCGGGGAGCACAAAGGCUGGCUGGGCUGGCGUCGACGUACGGGGAGAUGUCCGACUUCAUCAGCCGAAGCCCAUCCGACCUGUCAGGACAUCCGGGCUUGACGGAGCUGGCCGGAGCCUCCACUGCCCGCUUUCUGGAGGGCAGGUAUCUGACCCAGUUGCCCAAGGUACCUCUAGUCAAAGGCCUUGCCCAGAGUCCAGCUACCCGGGCUUUGGGGGAUGUAGCUGGUUACUCUGGGGAAAGACCUAGAACCCCCACCCCCAGCUUUGGGGGAGCUGAAGUCCCGGCCCAGCCCAGCCCAUCUCUCAUUUCUGAGUGGACGGCAGCGGGCGCCCCUGCUCACCCGCACGGCCACAGCCCAGUCUCUGCUCCGUCCCGCAGGCGCUCCUGGGGCAGCAGGGGCCGCACUGACCUCUACGGCAGGGGGAGGCCCCACAACUGUGGCCAGGGGGUGCGGCCGGCUGCCCAGGAGCCGGGGCUCCGCCUGGUGCAGGGACACGGGGACACCCUCGGCACUGGGCCUCCCACCACGGCCGCGCCCCCCAUGUGGCUCUUGCUGCAGGUGGAGGACGCCGCGCUGGACACCUAUGACCUGGUGUAUGACCAGGUGGUGACGACGGCGUCCCGCGUCCGGCAGCAGGAGCUAGCGGCCAUCCAGGACGCGUUCCUGUGCUGUGGGAAGAGGUCUCCUUUCAGUCUUCUGGGGCGCUCGGACGCCGGCCUGUGCCAGGGAGAGGAGGCGGCAAGACAGGACUGCCUGCAGGGCAUCCGGGGCCACCUGAAGCCCUACCAGAGUGUCUCCACGCUGAGUGGCAUCGGCCUGGCCCUCACGGGGUGCGCCGUGCUGCUCAGCGCCUUCCUCUGGUUCGCCGUCCGCUCUGGCCGCAGCUUGGACCGCAAAGGCAAAUACACCCUGGCCGCUCGAGCGCAUGGCUGCCAGCCCCAGGAGCCUGGCUUCUUCAGGCACUCCCAGGACGGACCCGCCACUCGAGCCCCAUCUGGAGCAGAUGCUGUUGGUGACUCAGAGGCCCUCGGCGGCUCCAGGACAACGGACAUGCCGCUUCGGCCCCUGUCCUGCCGCCGCCUGCCCUCGGCCUGCCGCGAUCCAUAGGGGAGGACCCAGGGUGUCUCCCAACAUCAUGGUGCGGGGGUGGCCCAGCCAGAGGGACAGCAGGAAGGAACCCGUGGGAGGGCCAGGAGGGAGUGAGAACUGGGAAGCCAGCCCGCGGGCAGACCGGGGACUCCCCAGACGCGGGCACGGCGGCUCCGAGCCACACUGGCUUGUGGGCUCACAGUUCCCGAGUCCUGCCGGGUGGGCUGUGCCACUGUCCAAGCUUCCAGGUUCACCGGCUGCCCGUGGUGGUGGGACUGGGGCCCCCACGCCCUGGCCCCGCGCCUCGAGUGCCGCUGACUUCUCCCCCGGCGGGCGCCAGGGGAAGAUUAGACCCCCGACAAUCUCCCUGCCUGGACGAGUGUUUUUUUUUAAUUAUGGUAAAAUAUACAUAACGUAAAACUUA